CGCUUAGAGGGCGGGGCCGCACCUGCCGACGACUUUCCCCCACCAGCAGCCGGUCUCUGCCUCCGUCCCUCCCUCCCUCCCUGCGGGUCCCCGGCCACAUUCGGCUGGACUCUCGACUUCGAAGCCGCCGGGCCAUGGCGCUGUCUCGCGCGGAGCGUUACGCGGCCCGCCUGCUGCGCCUGGUGUCGCGCGCCCUGCUGGCGCUGCUGGGGCUGGUCUCGCGCGCCUCCUCCCUCGCCGCCGCCGCCCCCUCCCCUUCGCCGGCGAGCCCCGCCGCCUCCCCCCGGGCCUGGCGCAAAGCCCCCUGCGUCCCGCCGCCGGCCCACGAGCUGUUGCUCCUCUCAGGGGUCCAACUGGCGAGGCGAAUUCGCCGUAAGGAGGUGACAUGUGUAAGUGUCAUUGAAACUUACAUUGGGAGGAUUAAAGAAGUCAACCCACUGAUCAAUGCAGUUGUCAAGGACAGGUUCGAGGCAGCCCUGCAGGAGGCCCAUCAGGUUGACAAGUUGGUCUCUGAAGGCCACGAUGAUGAAGAGUCACUGCAGGAAAAGUUCCCCUUCCUCGGGGUCCCUGUCUCCAUCAAAGAGGCCUUUGCGCUGCAUGGACAGCCCAACACCUCUGGCAUGGUUAACCGCCGCAACAUACUCUCUACAACUGAUGCCCUGGUGGUGUCACGGCUAAAGCAAGCUGGCGCCAUCCCGCUGGGCGUGACCAACUGCAGCGAACUCUGCAUGUGGUUUGAGUCGAGCAACCGUGUCUAUGGCCGGACCAACAACCCGUAUGACUUGAGAUGCAUAGUGGGAGGCAGUUCAGGGGGAGAGGGCAGUAUCCUGGCAGCUGCUGGCUCUGUGAUUGGUGUAGGCUCAGAUAUUGGAGGCAGCAUCCGUAUGCCUGCCUUCUUCAAUGGCAUCUUUGGACACAAGCCCACCACAGGUGUUGUUCCCAAUGAUGGGCAGUUCCCUGAGGCUGUAGGUAUACGGAAGACUUUCCUGGGCACGGGCCCCAUGUGUCGUUACGCAGAAGACCUGGAGCCCAUGUUGAGGGUCAUGGCUGGACCGAGCAUUGCACAAUUGAAGCUGGAUAAAAAGGUAUCUCCGGAGAACAUAAAGUUCUACUUUAUGGAGCAUGAUGGAGGUUCUCUUUUUGUCUCUCCAGUGGACAAAGAAAUUCUUCAAGCUCAGCGGAAGGUGGUAGAAAACCUGGAGGCUAAGCUGGGAGUUGAAGUUCAACGUGUGGCUAUUCACAAAAUGAAGUACUCCUUCCAGAUCUGGUCCACCAUGAUGUCUGCCAAGUCCAGCGAUGGACAGAAAAUUCAUAACUUUGCGGACCUGCUCGGAGACCCUGGGAAGCCAGUGUGGCCAUCGUGGGAGCUUGUGAAAUGGAUGGUGGGGAGGUCUCCACACACCCUUCCAGCCGUUGUAUUAGCCAUAAUGGAGAAGUUUAUGAACAACAGCUCUGAGUCGAAUGCUAAGCUAGAAGGGAUAGCACACAGUCUACGGACAGAGCUGGUGGAUUUGCUAAAGGAUGACGGUGUCCUCUUGUACCCUUCACAUCCUGUAAUAGCUCCUAGACACCAUGUUCCUCUAGGAAUGCCCUUCAAUUUUGCCUAUACAGCCAUCUUCAACAUACUUGGCUUACCGGUGACCCAGUGCCCACUGGGCUUGAGCAAAGAUGGCCUGCCCCUUGGCAUUCAAGUGGUGGCUGGCCUUCACAAUGACCACUUGACCCUGGCUGUAGCACGGCACUUGGAGAAGGAGUUUGGGGGCUGGGUUUGUCCUGGCAAAUGCUAACUGUGCUAGCGUGGGACCCAGAGAUAACCGGAACACAAAGACCAUCCCACCUGUGACCCAUCUAGCAAAAGGCAACUGUGUCUGAAAUGGGAAGAACCUGAUGGGGGCGCCAGACAACCAUUUUAGUUGCUUCCUCUGAUAUGGUGGAGGACAAGCUCUACAUUUAGUUUUUCUCCCUUGCUCGUUGCAACUGAUGUGAAACAAUAAGGGGAAAGGAUAUGCUGUGGUGGGCUGUUCGGAUCCCUGGCUGGAGAGAGUCACGUUAUGGGAGAGGACGGCUUUGUCUGUUUGUUUUGUCUUGGCUAAGGCGGCAAUAGAGCUGGGCUUCAAUCCUUCUACUUCUGCUUUUUCUUUUACUGCUUUAAGGACAAAACCUGACCCAGGAGCCUCAGAGGGCUGCUCUGAAGUCUCGCUCCCCGUCUUUUUGUUGGAGUUUUGGGGGGCGCCAACUCUUUGUAUCCGAAUGGAACGUUAACGGUGAUAAAGGAACCGUUCCUGGGAGCCUCAUUCCUUCAUGGCCUCAGCUUGGCUUGAAUGUUUCCGUUCCGCAGCUCUGGCUGCCUGCUUGACUGUAGGAUUUUGCAAAACUCAGAGCUGGGGUAGGCAGACGUGCAAGGCGACGGCUGACUCUUGUAAUGCAUAUGUUGAUAAAUUAGGGAAAACCUU